AACAGUAUGAAGAUUCUCAGAUGCACGAGUCAUAGCGAAGGCGACGUAGAAGCUAAGAUGUGUUUGUGGUGAUGCGAUGACAGUGAUACAAUUUGUAUACAUCUGUAUUCUGGUUGUGUUUUAUUCAUGACAGAUAUGUCAAGUAAUAGCCUCGAAAUUGUUCAUGAAGGUUGGCUAAUCAAGUCUCCACCGACAAAGCCUAUUUGGAGAGCGGAGCUCUUUGGGAGAAGGAGCGUGCAGCGGUCGUGUCGAGUGGUGUAUGUGGCGCCCAUGUACUUCCCCAGUGGUGGGCUGCCUCCUGCGGAACAGCCUUCCAAAUACCUGCACUGUGCAACCCGCUGGCGGCGUCGGUGGUUCGUGCUACGUCACUCCGGGGAGUUGCCUGGACAGUACUUCCUGGAGUACUAUGCGGACCGCAAUCGGCGCAAGCUCAAGGGCAAGAUAGACUUGGACCAGUGCGAACGGGUUGAUGCAGGUUUAUCAUUUGAAAACCGUAAGGUGAAGUACCAUUACAUGUUUGAUGUCCAGACUCCAAAGAGAACGUAUUACCUUGCAGCUGACUCAGAAGAGGACAUGAACAAAUGGGUUGAAUGCGUAUGCCAAGUUUGUGGACUUAAGGCAUACCAAGAUGAUGAUGUUGAUGUGGAGGAAGCAGCAGACGCAGUACAGCUCCCUAUGUUGCUUGCAGCUGCAGAUGGUGCUACUGCUGUUGAAUGUGUGCCAGAGAUGAGGGGCAGUGCCACAAAUAUCAGUGCUACAAAUACAAGUACCAGUGCAACGGACUCGCCACCAGUAUCACCAGUUAGCACUGUCUCGGGUCCAUACAUAGCUAUUAGUGAAUGCAUAUCAGGGCAUCCACUUACAGGGCCAGAGGAUAAUCUGGACGAGCUGCUGCAGCGUGAUACUCAUAUAUUCAUGACCCGUGCCCAUUAUGGGCUUGUCAACACAGAGUAUGGUACAGCUGUCCACCAAGCUCGAAGUGUCAAGGGAAAGGAACCAGAACCAUCAUCUGUUAAACCUACUAUAGUCCUUCAGAAAGCACCUGUACCUGCAGCACGCAAGCGGCAAGUGUAUGAAGAGGCGCCACCUCCAGAAGUAGUAACUGGAGAAUUUUAUGACUUACCACGAAAGCUACAUCCACCAAACUUAGAUUUGCAACAGAGCAGUGGCACUGGCUUGGGAACACCACCCCACAGUCCUAACACGGAUGGAGAGAGUGUGUUCACAGAUGAUGAUACUGUUGGACCAGGUCACGGAACUACACGCAGCCUCCCAUCUGUGAACUGGGAAACUUUUCCCAGUAGUGCAGAAGCCGAUACAAUGAGUCUGCCCAGAACAACUCGCCCAUCAGACAGUUCAACAGAGGGGGAUGUUGGUUCGUGGAGCGUUGUUCGCCGCUUUGGUCGUCUAACUGUAGUCGAUAGUGAUAUACCACCUCCUGCACCACCUCGACCACCUAAGCCAUCUCACCUUACAUCAGUCGACAACAGUGCUGGGCCAAGUUAUAUGAAUUUGGACAAUAUUUCCAGUCAGAGCACAGGAUCGACAGUAGUUAACAGUGACAAGGGUUCCCAGGAGCCUCCGUCACCUGUGUCACCACCUCAUACUGAUGUCAUUGUUGUAACAGACGACAUGUAUGACUUUCCAAGGUCGCAUCAGUAUCCAGUUACAGCAGGAUUAGUGUCUGGAGGUGAAGCUGAUGGAACUGGUUCUCUCUCUCGGAUGCCUUCUCUGUCAAGGCACUGUUACAGCAAUGCUGCUCCUGUACAAGUAAAUGGAGAUGUUUUUAGGUACGAUUUCCAUGAUGAUGUAGUAAACGUGCCCCUUCAAGAUGGAACUAUAGGUGACGAACCACCAUCUCCACAGUCAGAGGGAUCCUGCUCUGGUUCUGUAGCGUCAUCAUCGACUGCAGCUGCAUAUUCCAAUUUGCCAAGUCCGAGUCCUCUUGGACAGGUGCCAACCCCACCAGCUGUGGACAGGGGCCUGAAGCCUGGCCGCAAACUGUCUGACACACUGUCCAUUGCUUCAAAUGAGCUGUCACCUGGUGCAUAUCCUGCACCACCCAGUGUGGACAGAAAACUGAAGCCAAAUCGCAGGUUCAAGGAUAUUGUGACAGCCGUUCCUGAAACAGGUGUUCUCAACUUGGCCUCGCCUCCAGCAUGUCGUCCAGUGAUGGAUGGAAGCCGCAGUCUCAGGAGGACACGUGCUGCUCCCAGUCCAACUCCCCCUUCUACAACAGCACCACAACUGCUGAAUGGACAACGUCAGCGAUCAGAUUAUAACACAAGUUCUGAUGAAGAUAAUCGGAGCUCGUUUGAUGAUGAUCAGAUUUCUCGAUUGCGACAGCGGUUGCCAGAGAUACAGUACCUGGAUCUGGAUCUAGAUUCUGAUACAAGUGGUAUGCAUUCUGCUCAUUUGCCAAGAUCCCCUGAGCGACCAGUUUGCACAGGAACUGUAUACAAGACAAUUGAUUUUGUGAAAACAGAAGCACUUAAUCACACUCGGCAACAUAUGGAAGAAGAAAGAAGAAGGUGUCCUUUUGAAUUAUGACCCCUGCAUAUGCAGAGGUAGCUCUGCCAGACUUCAAAACUAGAUUUUAAAAUAUUUUACUUUUUAAAAGUGCGGCGGCUGUCAUACCAUUAGAAGUAAUCAAGAAGUUUUGUACUUUCAGUCCUUAUUUGUGUGAUAAAUACCAUUGCAGCAGUAUUUCACACAGUUUCUGUUUUGUCACAGUUUACUCAGAAACCUUAGUAAAAUAUGCAGAUAUUUAUGCAUACUACAGUGCAUGAAGCUUGUGAUAACAGAAAUCAUCAUAUCAGUAUCUGUUGCAAGAUAGUGACUGACAUCUGUUUCUUAGGAAUUUGUUACUUCAUGUACAUUGCAAAAUGAGUGAAAUGCCCGUAUUAACUCAUCUAUUGCAUCACUGCUUCUUGAAAUGUAACACUCUUAAGAUGGAAAUCCAGGAAGCUUCUUUCCUGGAGCUCUGCAGAUUUGCAGAAUUUUUACCUGGCGGAUAUCUGAUGUAAUUAUGUUGCAUGUUAAGAAGUCAGAUUAUUGUUUAAUAGUAAAUGAGCUGGUGUCUUUUAUUGUUUUGGAUUUAAUGAAUGCAAGGGAUGAGUAAACUUAAUAAACUAGAACAAAAGUAACUAUAUGCUGUAAUUAUGAUCUCUGAAGAUGGACAAUACCAAUGCAGUGGUUACAUAUGGUGGCUCUUUAAGUGUUUCUCAGCUUGGUGCAACUCUUAAAAAUUCAUGCCACAUUGAUUCCACACAUGUGGAAAGCUGUAACAUUUAUGACUCGUGUACUAGGCUUCUUUAUAGAAGAAGCUCUUCUUGGCUUCAUAGGGUUGACUAUGUAAAUCUCAAGCCUCCCUGCCUUGAAACAAUAGAGUAACAUGGCUGGAAUGAAAAUCAGUUUGUGACACUGUAUCAUUGUGCAUCUGUUUCUUUCACAAAACAUUUUUUACAAAUUAAUCCACUUGUUCUGUUGGGCAUGUUACUUUCCAUCUAAGAAUUUUUGGAAAUUGAGGCAUACUGAUUUGAAAUAUUUUUAGUGCUGUAAUGUUGUAUAUUAGUAAUAUCCCAAUGAGUGCGACAGACCAACAGCUAAUCAUAGUGUGCUCCCUUUUGUGUCUGUAGUAAUGUGCAUACGUCUCAAUCUUCUGUGUAGUGUCUCUGAAUGACAAUAAAGCUUGUUGUUUUAUGAUUGAAAAGCUGUUGGUCAGUCUUUCAUGUGUAUAUCACCAAAAGCCUUGUUGAGUAAACAGCUGUCAUAUCUAUGCUGGUUAUUAAUGCACAAAUACUUGUGAAAUGUACCAUCUUCGCACAAUUCACUCUGUUUAACAGACUGUUGACUGUUUAAUGCCACAUUGUUACAUUAAAGAAGUAAUUAUGUCAUUAUGUAUAAAAGAGUGUAGUAUUUUGUAUAGUUUUUUCUAUCUUCUUAGAAGAGAUUUUUCAUACUGAUGGCGUCAGAGUAUAGAAAUGGCUGUCAUUAAUGUAAGUACAUUUAUGUACUAUUACUUUUGUAGUGUGCCAUGAAGUGCCAUCACUUUUUAAAAGAAUUUAUUUAUGAAUGUUUGUCACAUCAGUGCCGUGUUAAAAUAUUGAUAGAGAAAUCUUAUU